GUUUUAGCCUUGAGGCCCCUUGACAACGUUUCGUCUUUGUAAGUUGUAACUGCAGCAUCGCCCGGUGCCAUGUACUUCUACUAGAGGCGACUUGGACAGGAGGUGGUGGCAAUUGAAAGGCUUUGAACUCCUUUUGUAGUUGGAUUGAGUGUAAUGAGUUGACUACAUCCUUGCUUGCUAGAGAGGGACUUAGAAUGAUGCCAGCUUUAACAGCAACAAGGUCAUGCUUUCUUGUUGGCAAUUAUCUGUCAUUAAGAAUAUUUUCUCGGCUUCAGAAGUCAGUUUCAUUUCAUACAAGUCUUCCAGUUUUCAGUAAGGUUGGUCACGAGACUGAACCUCUUAUGCUAACAAGUCUCGGACUGAAGAGUGAAACUGAAACAACUACUGGAAAUGAGAAAAAUAGACUCCAGCAUGGGGUUUCUACACUAGAAUUCCCAAAAAGUAAGAGGAAGAAAGUUGGUAGUAAUAGAGAAAAGUUGGUUGCAGCUAAGAAGAGUCCAGACAUUCCGGCAGCCCCUUUUGCUGCUCAAUCUUUUUCUGAGCUUGGCCUUCCUCCUUUGUUGGUCGACAGGUUGGAGAAGGAAGGAUUUAAGGUCCCAACUGAUGUUCAAGCUGCAGCAAUUCCCACAAUUCUAAAGCGUCGCGAUGUUGUGAUUCAGUCUUACACUGGUUCAGGGAAAACAUUGGCAUAUCUUCUGCCCAUUUUAUCUGGGAUUGGCCCACUGAAGGAAGAUUCUUCAACUUUUGAUGAGCCUAAGAUCAAAUCAGAGAUAGAAGCAGUUAUUGUGGCUCCUUCCAGGGAGCUGGGGAUGCAGAUUGUGAGAGAAGUUGAGAAACUAUUAGGACCUUCUGACAAGAAACUGGUUCAGCAACUUGUAGGAGGUGCGAACAGAUCAAGGCAAGAAGAUGCCCUUAAAAAGAACAAGCCGGUCAUUGUAGUUGGGACACCAGGACGAAUUGCAGAGAUAAGCACAGCUGGAAAGCUUCACACUCAUAGCUGUCGAUACCUGGUCUUAGAUGAAGUUGAUGAGCUCCUUGCUUUCAAUUUUCGGGAGGAUAUGCAUCGGAUUUUAGAGCAUGUCGGAAGACAAUCUGGUACAGGUCAACAAGGUUCUAAUAGAUCUCAGGGUUGGCAGCCUGAGCGUCAGACAAUCAUGGUCUCUGCUACAGUGCCAUUUUCUGUGAUAAGGGCAGCUAGGAGCUGGGCAAAUGAUCCACUCCUUGUCCAAGCCAAAAGUGUUGCCACACUUGAAUCUGUCUCUUCCGCUGGACCCAUUAAUUUUCCAGGGACUACUUCCAACUCAAGUUCAAGCUCAAACUAUCAGAAACUGCCAGCAGUUCAGAGCCUACCACCUAAUCUUCAACAUUAUUUCUUUGUUACUAGGAAACAACACAAAGUUGAUGCGUUGAGGAGAUGUGUGCAUGCUUUGGAUGCUAAGUCCAGCAUAGCUUUUAUGAAUCACACUAAACAGCUAAAAGAUGCUGUUUAUAAGCUGAAAGCUCGAGGGAUCAAAGCUGCAGAAUUGCAUGGAGAUUUAAGCAAACUGGCCAGAUCAACCAUCCUAAAGAAGUUUAAGGAUGGGGAAGUUAGAGUACUGCUAACAAAUGAGCUUUCAGCUAGGGGUUUGGAUGUGCCAGAAUGUGAUCUUGUAGUUAAUCUGGAAUUGCCCACUGACUCGGUUCAUUAUGCACAUCGAGCUGGCCGAACAGGUCGACUUGGCAGAAAGGGUACUGUUGUCUCCAUAUGUGAAGAUCCAGAAGUAUAUGUUGUGAAGAAAUUACAGAAGCAACUUGGUAUCCUCAUUCAGGGUUGUGAUUUUACAGAGGGCAAACUUCUUGUUACUGAAGAAGAAAAGAUGCUAAAAUCUGUAAGGCAGUGAAGUAAUAGAAUUUUCAGUAAAUAUCUUAUAAGAGAAUUAUUGACAACAUUGUUUUGGUUUUGUUUUUGCUUGUUUCUUUCGACAAGAAGUUGCAGGUAUUUUGUAAGGCUACUUAAUUGAAUCUGUUAUUAAGGCUUAACUGAUUUUUCGUUUCAAAGAACGUCUUUUGGGUAGUUCACAUACAGACAUACAUGCAUACAUAACUGUUCAGCAUUUACGUGUCUAAAUAGAAGUCUUGUUAGAAUUCCUGUGUACAUAAAUGCUCGGUAAUCAUCAUAGCUAGAGUCUGCUUUGCUUUCCUUCUUCUUUGAUGAUGGAGCAGGCUGUGAGAGAGCGGAGACAAAAGAAAGAAGCAGGGCCAGCGCCUGGAGAACGAGACUGUGGACGUCCAUCUCUGAGUCGUCGAAGCAACUGAAUAUGAGAAUGGCGAUUUUGGCAGAGGCGGCUGUGCUGGAGAGUUGGAUGCAAGAGUGGAUACUUUCGCCACGCCCCACCGGUGCACACAAGAAAACACUAGACUGCCGCUUUCUUUCAUUUCCUUCUCUCUGCUCUCUGUUCCUUUUACAAGUUGAGAUUCCUUUCGCUUAAAGACACAAUUUUGGUUUUGUAUAUGUUCAAAAAUAAGGUCAAUAAGGACGAUGUGGGGAAACAAUUGUGUACUGGGGCUUUUGGUUGAUUUUAAUUCCCAAGUUACAUUUGGAAAUGCUUAUGUAAGUAGAGUUUUGA